CCCUGUUCACCAUCAUUAACCAUCACUUUUCCACCCCGGAAACACACAAAACGGUUAAAACUCAUUCACUAUGUCCCCUUCUUUCACAGCAGCAAGGAAAAUGUUGCCAAAUCUCCCGACGCCAGUAGCCAAGUUGAGCAUGCGCCGGCACCCGACAGCCUAGACUUUUCUGCCACAGUCACUGCUUCUCCAAAUCAAGCAGCUAUUGCUGAGCUAUAUACAGAGCAAUACCCAGCUUCACCGCUUCCCGCAGCUGCUCCUGCUUCUACCCCGCCUCCGGCUUUUUUACCCUCCAGCCCCAGAGGUCCGGCAGCUGCCACCAUUUCUCCUUCACAGACAACAUCCGGUUUUGGAGCAAAGAACCUGUCCGUUGCUGCUUCAACCAUAUCUUCUGCCAUUUCUGCACAAUCUAGCCUCAACCAACAAGCGUCCUUCUCCUCCAGCUACCAAUCGAAAACAAGUUCUUCUGCUCAAGCCUUUUCAUCAUCAUCAACAUCCGUCAAAGGUCCCGCCCCAUACGGCUAUAAUGAACCACCGGCCACUGCCGCUAAACCUCGUGUGGUCACCACUGCCAGCAUCAAACCUUCGGUUUACCAACCGAGUCAAGCAGGUCCUUCUCCAGGUGUCGCUCAUACUCAAGCUGCCUCCUAUCCAUCGGCCACCUAUCCAUCAGCCCAUCAAGAGCCCUCAAACCGUCCGCCAUGGGUUACGGACGACAGCUUUUCUCAGAAAUUCGCCCCGGGGAAAUCGACCACCUCUAUUACCAAGCAGAUCCUGCCAAAGGCCGCCCCUCCUCCUCCGGCUCCAAUCAGUGCUCAUAGCUACACUCCACAGCCAAUGGGACAUCCGCCGGCUCAAGUCCCCCGAGGUCUGAUUCAACGCGCCGAGAGAUUCCCGGCCAGCAGUAGGACGCCACUCUGCGGACAUUGCAACAACAUAAUUCGAGGACCUUUCCUGGUGGCCAUGGGUCGCUCAUGGCACCCUGAGGAGUUCAACUGUGCCUACUGCAAGACGUCUUUGGCCGACGUGAGCUUUGUGGAGGAGCAGAAGAGCGUGUAUUGUGAACGUUGCUACGAGCAAUUCUUUGCCCCGACCUGCGCACGCUGUAAUACUAAAAUUAUGGGGGAAGUGAUGCAUGCCCUGAAGCAGACGUGGCACACCACCUGCUUCGUCUGUGCCGCGUGCAGGAAGCCAUUUGGUAAUAGUCUCUUCCACAUGGAAGACGGAGAGCCGUACUGCGAGAAAGAUUAUAUUGCUCUGUUCAGUACGAAAUGUCACGGAUGUGAUUUCCCUGUCGAAGCCGGAGAUAAGUUUAUCGAGGCCCUGGGCCAUACCUGGCACGAUUCCUGCUUUAUCUGCGCCGUUUGCCAUGUGAAUCUAGAAGGCCAGCCUUUUUACUCCAAGAAGGAUAAACCCCUAUGCAAGAAACACGCUCACGCUAUCCACGUUUAAGGAGCGUCACGAGACAGGAAAACCGAAGAUAAGAAUGACGGAGAAUGAUGAAGAAUGACGUUUAUCAUUCAUUCGGAAGAGUUUUUUUUUUUUUUUUUUUUAAGGCAAAAUUACAAUUUGAAAAUGUAAAUUUGCGAAAGUGCCUAAAAAAAUGUGAUGUUCAUGCGCGGCUUGAAUAUUACUAAAUAUGAUUGGAUGAUACUAGA